UAUGGCCAUUACACAUUCAAGCUUGAUACUGAGCUUUGGAGCAAUACUUUGCCCUUUUAAAACACCUACGCUCCAAAUUUGAGUUCAAAGACAUGGAGGUGGUCGCCAAGUCCAAAUUCUAGACAAUCUUCCAAAAAAGUAUCUGUGGUUAAAUAUUGUUGUUAUUACGCACAUAAAUUAUUUUGAUUAAAUAGGUGCGCUACCUCUCUUAUUCUAUUAGCACAAAACACUGCCAACCCCGAAAACUGUCCAUUGAAAACAUUUAAUGCCUGCCGCCGUCCCACGGAGAGAUACCUCCCCGAAGGUCUUCUUGCAAGGUUCCUGCUUGUCAUAUACACACAGGCCCUCGCAGCACAACACGCAGCGUGACCAAACACCGUAACGUACUCCGGCUUCAGCCAGAGUUGCUUUUCGAACGAGAAUGGAUAGAGCAAUAGACAGAGACCGUACCGUUCGACAUGUGUGAUCGCCACCGUAGCAGCCGUAUUGUAUGUGCGUGCCGGCGGAUCGCCCGCACGCCGUGUGUGGCAUCUUGGGUGAUCAGGUCUGAAAACCGAGACCGAUGAUCAUGCAUACCUAGAGCGCUCUUGUAGCGCGAUCUUUCGGGGUUCCUUUUCCCUACUUCGCUGGACUAUGGUGUCUUGCGUGCGGCAGAAUUUGAAAGCGAUCAAUGUAAAUUUGACUGGUUUUUUGUAUCUUUUACGUAUCAUCGAUUUCUGGUUUUUUGUACGUUCUGGGGAAGUAACAUCGAGAUCAGUUGCAUAAAUCAUAUUUUUACGAGUAUAACGAGCACUUGGGCCAACUAUCCCAACACCAACACCCAGCAUCGAAGACUGUCAAAACGCAGCUAAUUCUGUCAUCCCCAUUGUUCGAAUCCAUCUUUCUUCUAUUUCCACUUUGUCCCUGUUCCAUUCUGGCCUGACCCACCCCGUCUGCUGUCCUGCUCCGAUGCCCCGAUCCGCCCGGAAGAUACACUUUCUUUGCCUGGGUUUUUUGUACUGUUUUGCUCUGCCGACGGUGAUCCUUCGAUCCUUUCGGGGCGAACGAUCCUCGAGCAUCUGCGCCCACUCGCAGUCGCGUCGUACCGUCUCGGCGUAAGGGAACCCCACAGAACCGUGCGUCCGAUGCAUCGCCGAUGCAUGCAGUUUUCGUACGUGAAGCUCGUCCCGCGUUUGGCACGAUAAGCGUGAAUGCGUGCUGCAAUCGUGGUUUGUGUACACUGCCAGUAGUGACGCGCUGCUUCUGUCUGUGCGUCAAGUCUGUUCGGAUCUUCCGCGUUCACGGCGAAAGACACGUACGCGGGGUUUUUUCGCAAAAAUAGUGCAAACAGCUCGUUAGGUGUGUGGUGUCAGUUUUCUUGUAUCGUGGCUGGUGCGUCUGGUGGUGUACUGGUGCUACUGCAAAGCGUAUCCUAAAACCUCGGUCGACGGGGUACGUGACCGUUUGGCGUGUUGCUGAAGAGGCCACCGUUUUCUUUAGUGCUUUUUUUUAUUGUGUUACCAGAAGCCUUCAAGUACUCCCAAAAUAGUGUGCUUUUUGUCUGACACGUGGAGAAUGCGGGCUCAGUAAGACUCGGCCCCGCGAACUGCAGCCGAGUACUGCAAAUCCAAAACAACAGCUCGUGAAACCAUACAAUAACAAAAAAAAACCUGUGGGAAAAAGGAAAAAACAACCAUGACGACGACGGUGUGCUGCCAGAGGCCAACAGAGUGAGCAGAACAACAAACAAAAAUUUAUGUGUGCCACACCAAGCUGCCAAAAGACAGUCAACAAUUCACGGUGGCAAGGAUCCGAUUUCAUCAACAGUUGUUGGUAGCACAACUUUUUCUUCCACCUCCCCCAGUGCUCGCGAUACCGAUGGCCGAGGUGCAGGCAAUGGAUUUUUUGCUAGUGCAUCCAUUCAGAUUGCCGGUAGUUAGUGACUGUCCGGCAGGUCAAACUGCUAGAGUUACAUCGAACCUGCACUCGUCCAGUAGCACCAUGGCAAACAGUAGGGUGCCCUCGCCCCCGCUGCCGGAAGUCAACACGCCGGUGGCGGAAAACUGGUGUUACACUCAGGUCAAAGUGGUCAAAUUCAGCUACAUGUGGACGAUCAACAAUUUCAGCUUCUGCCGGGAAGAGAUGGGUGAAGUGCUGAAAUCCUCCACAUUCUCCGCGGGUGCUAAUGAUAAGCUAAAAUGGUGCUUACGCGUCAAUCCAAAAGGUCUCGACGAGGAAAGCAAAGACUAUCUCUCGCUCUACCUGCUGCUGGUGUCCUGCAACAAGUCGGAAGUCCGGGCCAAGUUCAAAUUUUCCAUCCUCAACGCCAAACGCGAGGAAACGAAGGCGAUGGAAUCGCAACGGGCGUACCGGUUUGUGCAGGGCAAGGACUGGGGCUUCAAAAAGUUCAUCCGGCGAGAUUUCUUGCUGGACGAAGCGAACGGUUUGCUGCCGGAGGACAAACUAACGAUAUUCUGCGAGGUCAGCGUAGUGGCCGAUAGUGUGAACAUUUCCGGCCAAAGCAACAUCAUCCAAUUCAAAGUGCCAGAAUGCAAGCUGUCCGAGGACCUAGGGACACUGUUUGACAACGAAAAGUUCAGCGAUGUCACACUGGCGGUUGGCGGCCGAGAAUUUCAGGUGCACAAAGCAAUCCUUGCAGCACGCAGUCCCGUAUUUGCCGCUAUGUUUGAGCACGAAAUGGAGGAGCGAAAGCAGAACCGGGUCGCCAUCACCGACGUGGACCACGAAGUAUUAAAAGAGAUGCUGCGGUUUAUCUACACGGGGAAGGCACCGAACCUGGACAAGAUGGCGGACGAUCUGCUGGCGGCAGCGGACAAGUACGCGCUCGACAAGCUGAAGGUGAUGUGCGAGGAAGCGCUCUGUGUUAAUCUGUCGGUCGAGACGGCGGCCGAAACGCUGAUCCUGGCCGAUCUGCACAGUGCCGACCAGCUCAAGGCGCAAACGAUAGACUUCAUCAACACCAGUCAUGCGACGGACGUGGUGGAGACGGUCGGCUGGAAGAAUAUGGUCGCGACCCAUCCGCACCUGCUGAACGAAGCGUACCGGGCACUGGCCACGCAACAGAUACCACCGAUCGGGCCCCCGCGCAAACGGGUGAAGAUGAGCUGAAAUAAAGCGUUGACAUCCGUAAAUGCCGUGAUGUCAACAACAUCGCCUCCAUCACCACCGUCGUCAUCAUCGUCAUCUACAUCAUCAACAUCGUCGUCGUUAUCAUCACCCAGCAGCGCCAACAGCGGCAGCAACAGUACCACGCCAAUACUACUAUCCCCCCGUUGUUCACCCUCCCAACCAACAGUUGCUCCUCCUCCUCCUCCGUCAGCUGUGUCGACCUUGUCCACGACCCCGUACGGAAGAUGUUCGUCGACCACUGCCUCCGCCCCUACUACCGCAACCACCUCUCCGUCUGCUCCGGCACUGGCCGCAGCUCUGCUGCUGACAUCACCUUCCGCGUCUUCGAGCCGCGCAUCCUCUAGCUCGCCAACGGCGGCUACUACAACCGGUUCGGCAUCACUGUUGAUCAAUCAUCUCACGAGCAGCAGCGGCAGCACCAAACAACAGCAGCAGCCAUCGUCGACAAAACCCUCGGCUAUGCCAGGCGAGGCAGUUGUUGGCAGUAAAAGGGAAUUACACCAGCCACCGUUGGUCGUAGUAGCAGCAGCAGCAGCGGCGGCAGGACCUCCUGCACCAUGCACCCAAAAGAAGGCAAAACACGCUGGUGUGUCGCCACCAGUAGCCGCCAGCAAUCGUAGCCCGACCGGUAGCCAGAAGGUUAUAUCGCCCAUCGUGAACGUGGUGGUUAAUGACAUUGCUGCCGGUUUGGCCAACGCAGUUGCGGCCGCAGUGGCAGACGCCGUGACGGUUGCUACGAUUGGACGGAACCUCAACAUGGCCACAGCUGGUGGUGGCGGCGGUACGUCCCGACACAAUCACAACAGCACGACGGGAACAGGCGGCAGCAGCAGCAGCACUCUCAACUCUUACUCGCAACUGCGCCAACAGCUCGAAAUGGGCACAUCGGCAGCGGAUGUCCUUGCCGUUACAGCCGGCGGUUGUCCGGCCAAAGGAGGUGUUGGCCCACAGCAGCAGCACAGUCACCUGAAGCAAUAUCUUAAUGCUGGUGGAGCUAGAGGCGGGGUAGGUGGCGCUGGGAUAAUGCUUACUGCUGGUGGAGGAGGUGCCGGCAACCUGCACCCUGGUGGUGCAGGCCAACAGCAGCAGCAGCAGCAGCAGCAUCAUCACCACCAUCACCAUCAUCACCAUCACGUACAUUCGCAGCAGCUGAGACGCCAGCCGAUCAUGAGUGGCGCCGGGUCGUCCAGUGGUGUUGGUGGUAAUAGUGGUGGUGGUGGUGGUGGUGGCGUAGUUGUAGCGACCUCUCACACGGGAGCUAUCCAUGAUAACAGCAGCGGCCGAAACAAUGCACGCGCUACUACCACGUCGAACACCAUCGAUGCCAACACAAAUCAUCAUCACCAUCACCGAUGGUAGAGCUAGUGUGAUGGAGCGAGAGGGCAAGAUAGAGAGAGAGAAAAAGAGAGAGGGAGAGGGGGGGGGAAGAGCGCGCUAAAGGAUUUUGCGUGUACAUGUGUGUGUGUGUGUGCUGCGUUGUGACAGACGGCUUAGUAGUGAAACGCAUACAUCAUCUGCAAAAACAAAGCGAUGAGAGAGAAAGAGAGAGAGAGAGAGAGAGAGAGAGAGAGAGAGAGAGAGAGAGAGAGAGAAAGGACACAGCAGCAUCCUUUCGAUGUUGGUUUUUUUUUUAUUGUGACCGCGUUUGUUGUCGGUGUGUGUUCGUGUAGCAUGGAGCAGUAGUAGUUGGCAUCGUAGUAGUAUUUGAUAAUAGAGGGAAAACACAUACACACACACACACACACACACACACGCAGAGCAACAGGUUUGGCAACGAAUUUGGCAUCUUUCUCUCUCUCUCUCGCUCGCGGACAGCUGGAACACAGCUGGAAGGAUUUUUCGUCAGGUGUGUGAUUGACCAAAGUAGGCACAUUGAACUGGUAAUUAGCAUGCUUCGAUCAAGUAAAGGUCAAAGCAAAGGAGAUGGCUGAAGAAGGACUUUUUUCAUGCUUACUUGAUGUGAUUGGUUUAGAAUUUAGCUGUCCAUUUAAAUUGCCACUGUUUUUUUUUGUUUUCUUACUGUUUAGUUGUUUUGCGAAUGCUCUCACGUUCUGAGCUGAUUCUCAUUCCAAUUUGCACGACACAACACAACACACACACACACACACACACGUGUAAAAUCCUUUCAUUUCAUCUCGGUACGAUCGAUCGAUCACCCGUGCGUUCCUUCCAGCCAAAAGCGGGGGGGGUGGGGGGUGGUUAUCCUUCUAAACCCGACCCCCUCCCUCCCCACCCUGUCUUUCUCGCCUCCCACCCCUCCGCACCCCCCUCUGCUCCUAGCGUUUCGUGGUUGCUGCUGUUUGUGGUGGUAGUGGUGGUGGUGAGCGACAGAAGAGUAACACACACACAGGGACAUUUAGUAUGCAUUAUUGCUCCUGCUUUCGUUGUUGUUUUAAAUCAUUUCAACACCCGGCGGGAGGGUGGGUUUAUAUUCUAUUUUGUCCACCGUUUGUGUCCACCGUCUCCUUUCCUGCCCCUUGAUGCGGGGUGCGUGCGCGCGCGAGGUUAAAAAUAAUUUAUGCAUUGUGAUAUUUUUUUUUGUCGUCUGUACACACGUGUUAGCUAAUAUUAAUAUAAUUAGUAAUAUUGACAAGUGAUGAAUAAGUGCGUGCGCGCGUGUGUAUGUGUGAGCACACGAUUAAAAAGGAAGCGAGCGAGCGAGCGAGAGAGAGAGGGAACAAAGAAGUGCGGGGGGAGUAGUGAAACAAAGCGAGUGUGUGUUGCUUGUUUGAGGUUGAUCAUAACCAUUGACGAUGAUGAUGAUGAUAAGAAGAAACAGAUGCAAGAAAACAAACAAACAAACAAAGAAGAUGGUAGAAAGUUUAGAUGUUGAUGGUUGCACGCGGAAUUAUCUUGCGGAUGUCAAAGCGCAGAGAGCGCGGUUACGGAGGACAAAGAAAAGGAUGCGAGAGAGAGAGAGAGAGAGGGAGAGAGAGGGAGUGUGUGAGAGUGAGGGAACAAAAACAAAAAAAAAAAGGAUGAGAGAAGAGGCCAAGUGUAAUCUAUUUUGCUGAUAAAGAAUAAUGCUAAUAAUAAUGAUAAUAACAA